GUGGCAGUGCGCGCGUUCCCUGGCGGUGAUCAUUGAAUUGACAUUUGGCUUUUGUUGUAGUGGGGUUAGGGGUUGCCCCCAUCCUCCGCCCCCCUUUAAGCCGUUGUCGACGAGUACCAAAAAUGGUCCCAAUGUUUCUCUUUUGGGGGGUAAUUGGUCUUUGGCAAGUAAGUGUAACCCUUUUUUGGCGAUCUGGGGAUGACGUUUUCUUUUCGUCUUUGGAGAAAAAACAUGCAUCAUCCCAGGGAACGUUAUCUCUUGAGUUGAUAGGGAGACGAAUCUUUUGUAGACACAACCGGUCGGACUACCCCCCAUCAAAGGGCCUUCUUUCAACGGAGGGCCUUCUCGGGCGCGCCCCCUACCACGUUUCUAGUUGCGCCCGCCGACCGGUCGAUGCUUGGCGCCGUUUGUCUCAGCCGCGAAAUGGUUUACGGUCCUCCCAACCGGGUCUACUUCAGCGGAAACCUUACGAGACGUCAUAGACAAGAGGACCGAUGUCUUAGCUUUGUGCGGCUCCGGGGUGGGUUGAGACUCGGGU